AACUUGUCCUUUUUACAGUUAAUAGGGAGGAGUCAUUGGAGUGUCAGAAGCAGCAUGCCCGGAAUAUAAUUCCACUAACCCAUAUCCUAGUGAGAGAAAAAGCGCGACUUUGUGCCUCAGAGAACAGGUGAGAGAAAAUGGGUUGCCCUGAUUUUGAAUUGUGCGGGCUGCUGGAGCAACAAAUUCCAUAAACAAUAAGGUGCUUGAGGUGUACCCAAUUGAGCAGGUAAAAUAAGAGGAGAAACAGACCUAAGGAGUCUGAAAUUAGAUCAAGAUUGGUGGUGGAAAUCUAUAGGCUGAUAGUCUGGCCUGGAUCCCAUAUCAAGCUUUUGCCAAAUCAAAUCCAGCUAUACUGCUGUUCGUUGCUGGAGUUAUGGCAACCUUGUUACAUUCUGAGUCCAGGCGCUUGUAUUCUUGGUGGUGGGACAGCCAUAUUAGCCCCAAGAAUUCAAAAUGGCUUCAGGAAAAUCUUACAGACAUGGAUGCCAAAGUAAAAGCAAUGAUCAAGCUUAUCGAAGAGGAUGCAGACUCGUUUGCAAGGAGGGCAGAGAUGUAUUAUAAGAAGAGGCCAGAACUCAUGAAAUUGGUUGAGGAGUUCUAUCGAGCAUACCGUGCCUUAGCUGAGAGGUAUGAUCAUGCAACAGUGGAGCUACGGCAGGCCCAUAAAACCAUGGCAGAAGCAUUUCCCAACCAAGAACAUUACCUGCUGACUGAUGAUUCACCAUGUGGCUCUUCAGGCACCGGAGCUGAGCCACACACACCAGAAAUUCCACAUCCAAUUCGUGCAUUGUUGGAGUCAGUUGACCUACAGAAAGAUGCAUUUGGGUUUUCUUCAAUCCAAAAUACUUCAAAAAAGAAUGGAGAGAGUUCAGAAGAAUCAGCAAACAGUCUAAACCGAAAGGGUCUAAAGCAACUAAGCGAGAUUUUUGGCUUGUCUCAAUUAUCAGCCCAGAACAAUGGGGAGUCUGAGCAUGCACAGAAAGCAGAAAGCGAAAUUCAAACCUUAAGGAAAACUCUGGAAGAUAUACAGUCUGACAAGGAUUCUGUCUUUCUUCAAUAUCAGAAGAGUUUGGAGAAGUUAUCUGAAAUGGAAAAAGAGCUUCAUAAGGCACAAAAAGAUGCUGGAGGCCUAGAUGAGCGAGCAAGCAAGGCUGAAAUUGAAAUCAAAAUAUUGAAAGAAGCCCUAGCAGAGCUUAAAUCUGAUAGGGAUGCUGGUCUAGUUCAGUACACGCAGUGUGUGGAAAGGAUAGCUAAUCUGGAGACUAUGUUAUCUUUGGCCCAGUUGGAAGCAAAGGGAAAUGAUGAAAGGGCUGCUAAAGUGGAAACUGAAGCUAAAAAUCUCAAAAAAGAACUUGCCACAUUGGAGGUUGAGAAGGAUACUGCUCAUCUUCAAUAUAAACAAUGUCUUGAAAAGAUAUCUGUUCUGGAGGCUAAGAUUGCCCAAGCUGAGGAGAAUUCCAGGAAGCUAAAUGAGCAAAUUGAAAGAGCAGAGCUGGAAGUUAAAUCAUUGAGGAAAAAUCUGGCUGAACUGAAUGAAGAGAAAGAGACUGUAGCUGCCUUGUACAAGCAGUGCUUGCAGAAAAUAUCUACAAUGGAGAGUGAACUUUUGCAUGCCCAAGAAGUUUCUCAACGACUACAUAGAGAAAUUGAGUUUGGGGCUGAAAAACUAAAGACUGCUGAAAAACAUUGUGAUAUGUUGGAGAGAUCAAACCGAUCUCUUCAGCUAGAGGCUGAUGUUCUAUUGCAGAAGAUUUCUAUGAAAGAUCAAAAGCUUUUAGAGAAGCAUACUGAGUUGGAGAGGCUGCAGACUAUGAUGCAUGAGGAGCAAUCUCGUUUUCUUCAAAUUGAAUCUACUUUGCAUACUCUACAGAUGUCAUAUUCUCAAUCACAGGAGGAGCAAAGAUCUCUUGCUUUGGAGCUAAAACACGGCCUUCAGCUAUUGGAGGACUUAGAGCUUUCCAAACAAGGUUUUAAGGAAGAAAUGCAACAGAUUGUGGUUGAGAACAGGACUUUGCAUGAACUUAAUUUCUCUUCCAUCGGGUCAUUAAGAAAUCAGCAAAUGGAAAUUACUGAGUUGAAGAAGAUCAAAGAGAAACUUGAACGAGAGUUUGCCAUAAAAGUCGAAGAAAGUAAUGUCCUCCAACGAGAAUCUCUUCUCAUAAAGGAUGAAAUCCAGGGCUUGAAUAAUAGAUAUCAGGCUAUACUGGAAGAACUAGGCUCUGUAGGUUUGAAUCCCAAGUCUUUUGCAGAAUUUGUGAAUGAUUUACAGAAGGAGAACAUUGUGCUAAAGGAGGCAUGCAAAAUGGAGCAAGAUGAGAACGAAGCUCUUCGUGAAAAGUCUAAGGGUAUGGAUAAACUUUUAACUGAAAAUGCUUUUAUGGAAUCUUCCUUGUCAAAUUUGAAUGAUGAGCUGGAUGGAUUAAGAGAUACAGUGAAGAAAUUUCAAGAAUCCUGUGGUGUUCUGCAGGAAGAAAAAUCCACUAUUGUUGCUGAAAAAUCAGCACUAAUUUCACAGUUACAAAUUAUUACUGAAAGUAUGCAGAAUCAAUUGGAAAAGAAUACCUUGCUGGAGAAGUCCCUUUCUGAUGCAAAACUUGAGCUUGAAAGUUUGAGGGCUAAAUCAAGUAGUUUGGAAGAAUUUUGUUAUUUGCUGAACAAUGAAAAGCAGAGUCUUCUGAAUGAAAGAAACACCCUGGUAUCUCAAUUGGAGAGUGUUGAAGCAAAACUAGGUAACCUGGAAAAAAGGUUUACAAAAUUAGAAGAAAAAUAUUCUGAUAUGGAGAAAGACAAAGAAAGUAGAGUAAGUCAAGUAGAAGAACUUCAUGCUCUGCUUUUGGCACAAAAAGAAAAGCAUGCUAAUCAUAAACGUUCAAGUGAAGCUCGGAUGGCCAAUUUGGAAAAUCUUGUCAUUCGGCUACAGGACGAACACCAGUUGGGGAAGAUGGAAUUUGAAGAACAACUCGAUAAAGCUGUAAAUGCUCAAGUUGAGAUGUUCAUUUUGCAAAAAUGUGUUGAAGACCUGGAGCAAAAGAACAUGGGUUUAUUAGUUGAAUGUCAAAAACAUGUGGAGGCAUCAAAAUUUACUGAUCAAGUUAUCUCUGAGUUGGAGAGUGAGAACCUUAUGCAACAGAUGGAGCUUGAGUUCUUGUUAGAUGAAAUCAGAAAGUUUAAAAUGGGGAUUCAUCAAGUACUCGGUUCUCUUCAGGUUGAUUUAGAUGGGAGACAUGCCAAAGGGGUCAAGCAAGAGGAAUUGCCUAUUCCUCAAAUUUUGAAUACUAUUGAGGGCAUGAAGGGCUCUCUUGUGAAAGCCCAAGAGGAGAAGCUGCAGCUGCUUGUAGAGAAUUCUGUCCUCCUGACUGUACUUUCACAACAAGAAUCCGAAGGAGGAAUACUGCUGUCAGAGAAAAGGAUCUUGGAGCAAGAGUUUGCAAACACAAGAGAGCAGCAUACAAUGUUGCAGAGGGUUAAACUUGAACUUCUGGAGAUGAACAGGCAACUCAGGUCUGAAGUGACCAAGGGAGAAGAAAAGGAGAAUGAAUUACAGUCCAAAUUGGAAGCUCUUCAUGUGGAGUUGAUAGAUUUGCAAAGAACUAAUCUAGUGUUCCAGGAAGAAAAUUGUAGUCUACUUGAGGAGAAAAAUUCACUACUUGGGAGUGUUUUGCACCUCAAAAAUGCGAAGUCUGCUGCUGAACAAGAGAACAGUGUAAUCCUCCACGAGGCUGUGACUCUAAAAACCCUUACUAUGGUUUAUGAGAGCUUUCUUACUGAGAAGGUUUUGGAACAACAAGCACUUGCUGAACAUCUCAGCAAUCUUCACACUGUGAACAGUGGCCUCAAACAGGAGCUUGGUCUAUUAAGGAAGAAAUUUGACGUUAAAGAAUCAGAGAAUGUUUACUUGAAAGAGUCAGUUGAGCGAAUGGACAAAGAUUUGCAGGAAGCCAAAACUGAAACUGACCACUUAAAUUGUCAAAUUGAAAGCUCAGAGCAUCUUCUUGAGAAGAAGAAUGAAGAGCUGUUAGAAAUGGAGGAAAGGCUAAAGGCUGCAGAAAUGUUGAGUGCAGAGUUUUGCAGAAAUAUUGAGAAAUUGAAGAUGGAACAACAACAAUUAGGACUGAUCAAUGAAAAUCUUGAGAGGCAAAUUAUUGAACUAUCAGAAGGAUGCAUUAAUCACCAAAAAGAAAUUGAACACCUUAACAAAGCAAACAGAAGUUUACUGUCUGAGAUGAGUUCCUUACGUCAUGAAGUUGAACAACAGCGGGUCAGGGAAGAAACAUUGAGUUCAGAGCUGCUGGGUAAAACAAAUGAAUUUGAACUUUGGGAGGCUGAGGCUGCUACAUUCUAUUUUGAUCUUCAGAUUUCGUCCAUUAACGAAGCGUUGCUGGAAAAUAAGGUAAAUGAGCUUACUGGAGUUUGCAUGAGACUUGAAGAUGAAAGUGAUGCAAAAAGCUUGGAGAUUAAACAGAUGACAGAAAGAGUCGGCCUACUGGAAAGUGAACUUGGAGGACUGAAAGGGCAGUUAUCUGCAUAUACACCAGUCAUUAGUUCUUUGAAAGAGGAUUUUGCUUCUCUCGAACACACUGCCCUACUUCGGAUGAACAAAAAGACUGUUGUAUGCAAUCAAGAAGAAAAGGAUGCAGUAAUGGAAACUUGUCUUCAAGAAAAUGGCUAUCAAAGUUUAACAGACAACAAAAGUACUUUGAUACCAGAUGGGGUUUCAGAUUUGCUGAGCAUGAAGGCAAGGAUUAGAGCCGUUGAAAAGUCAAUGGUGGAAGAAAUUGAACGACAUGUGAAGGCAGAAAAUCUAACCACUAAAGCUAAUCCAGGAGCUCUGACAAAGGUGCCAAAUGUGGUAUUUUCACCAUGCAUAGAGAAUGGCAACAGAAAAGAAGAGAAUGUAUUCAAGGAUAAUGUCAACUCAUGCAGAACAAAAUCUGAAAAUGGGUCUUUGAUGAAAGACAUUCCACUUGAUCACAUUUCAGAUACUCCAGCCUCCAAAAGUUGCAGGAGAGAGAACAGUGGGACUGAUGAUCAGAUGCUUGAAUUAUGGGAAACUGCCGAGCAGGAUUGCUGUGAUAAUUCAAUGAUCAAUGAAGCAGUGAAGCAAAGUUCUGUUCCAACUGAGGAUGUUAUUUCGUACCAUCAGUCAGAUAAUUCAGGCAAAUUCCAAAAUACCUCUUCAGAAUUGGAUGUGGAAAAGGAAUUGGGUGUUGACAGGCUUCUGUUGUCGAAAAGUAUAAAAGAGAGAACUCAAGAUGGCAAGAGGAGAAAGAUAUUGGAGAGGCUUGCUUCUGAUUCGCAGAAACUGACCGUUCUUAAGACAACUGUGCAAGAAUUGAAAAUGAAAAUGGAGACAAAGAAGAGAAGCAAGAAAGGAGAUGACACUGAAUAUGAAACAGUCAAAAGACAAAUAGAAGAAGUUGAGGGAGCUGUUGUGAAAUUGGUAGAUACUAAUGAUCAACUGACAAAGGAUCUUGAUGAGAGCAUGUCGUCUUUGAGCAGGGAGACUUCGAUCGAGUUGGAAAAGAGUAGACACAACCAGAGGAAAAGAGUAACUGAGCAGGCACGAAAAGGUUCUGAACAGAUAGGAAGAUUGCAAUUUGAGGUGCAGAACAUCCAAUAUACUUUGCUGAAAUUGGUAGAUGAAAAGAGCAAAGGGAAGAGCAGAUUCAGUGGGAAAACAGUGGUCUUGCUUAGGGACUUUAUUCAGAGUGGCAAGAAAAGUAGUAAAAAGCGGAAGGGGUUCUGUGGAUGCUCUAGGCCUUCAACUAAAGAGGACUAGGUGAGAAAAUUUAGAAUCAUUUUGUUGUAAGUACUUUCUUGACUUGGUAUGUGUCUAAUCUAGCAUAUCAAUUUUUAAUUUUAGCUGGUAAAAAUUCUGUUAGCCUUUACCUGGUCAUAGUAAUUUAUGUCUGAUCAGUAUGUUUUAGCUUUGAAAGGACUUGUACUGAGCGACAUUUUAGCUUAAGGAGUUGCGCUGUCAUGUUUAACAAUGUUCAAGAUAUGAAAGCACAGAGCAGAAAAUAAAGUCUUUCACUUCUUCAACAUUUAAUUUCUGAUGAGAUGGAAACUUUGUUUCACUGUAAGGCAAUCUAAAAUAAAGAGUUCGCGGAAUUAUAUUA